UGAAAGUUGAGACUGGAGGAACUAGACGGCGUGCUUCUGUUUUUAAUAUCUCUCAUGUUUUUCAGUUUAUUGUAGAAGGAGAGCUAACGUGUACGGAGGACAAAAUGAGGAAUUUGAAGUUGCUGCGCUGUUUGCGCUCGCCGGAGUUGCGGAGUCCGGGCUGCCCGCGGUGUUUCUCUGUAAGGACAGACACUGGCACUUUACUGAUCGUCUCUCAGUUUUCCCUCACAGAAUACGAUCCUCAGUCAGGAGAGGUUGUGAAUGAAGUUUCUUUGACCGCAGAGGGCUAUCUGUCAGAGGAUGGUAGCGGGGUUGUAGCAGGUAUUCAGGACUUGCCGGAUCAGGAAGCAGUUUGUGUGGCCACUGCAAAAGGCGAUGUCAUUGUAUACCACCUUAACACUAAUGAGUUGGAAUGUGUUGGUAGUGUGGAUAGUGGUCUAACUGCAAUGAGCUGGAGUCCAGACCAGGAGCUGGUGACCCUCAGCACAGGCCAGGAGACCGUUAUCUUGAUGACCAAAGACUUUGAGCCUUUAUCUGAGGUGGCCAUUCAUCAGGACGAGUUUGGAGAAGGUGAAUUCAUUACAGUAGGAUGGGGGAAGAAGGAGACUCAGUUUCAUGGCUCAGAGGGGAAGCUGGCAGCUCAGAGGAAAGCUGCUGAAGUACAGCCUGCAGUGCCAUGGGAUGAUCGCAGGCCAAGGAUCACGUGGAGAGGAGACGGACAGCUCUUUGCCAUCAGCGCCAUCUGCCCUCACACUGGGUGUAGAAAAGUCAGAGUGUGGAACAGAGAAUGUAUCCUGCAGGCCACCAGUGAAGUUGUCAAUGGCCUGGAACAGCCACUCUGCUGGAAACCCUCGGGAAGCCUAAUGGCCUCUACCCAGCGGCACCCUAACAAGCACAGCGUCGUUUUUAUGGAGAAGAAUGGGUUGCUGCAUGGAGAUUUCACUCUGCCCUUUACCAAGGACCAGGUCAAGGUGAAGGAGUUGCUUUGGAACAGUGACUCCACAGUGCUGGCCAUUUGGCUUGAAGACCUGACCCCAGGAGAGGAUGGCAACCCCAACACCUACCUUCAGCUGUGGACAGUAGGGAAUUCCCACUGGUACCUGAAACAGAGCCUGCACUUUGGGUGCGAGCCGUCCAGGGCCCCGGCCUGUGUGUGCUGGGACCCGGAGAAGCCCCUCCGCCUGCACGUGCUGACCCAGGGCUGGGCCAGCUUCACCUACGAUUGGGGCUGGUUUACAGAGCGCAGCCUUGGAGAUGACGCGUGGGACAACGCCAAUGUGGCGGUGAUCGACGGAGCUAAAGUUUUAGUGACCACAUUUCGCCAGUGUGUGGUGCCUCCGCCCAUGUGCGCCUACGAGCUCCAACUUCCUGCUGCUGUCAACCAGGUCACCUUCCGUGCACAGCCUCAGAGAACCAAUGAGCUUGCGGUGUUAACAGCCGACGGGCGGCUGCAUAUCUACGGUCCAGGCACUGGAGAGGAAAAGGUACCUGAAACGGGGCCAUGUGGGUUUAGAGUCGUCAGCCAACCGUCGGUUUUACAGAGGACAUACAGUGCUUCAGUGGACCAGCAGGGGGUGCUGCUCAUGCGCUUGCUGCUCUGGCUGAGGGAGGAUGUGUUUGCAGCGGUGGGAUGUGGAGACGGCCCGACGGAGUCACGCAUACUCAUACUUGCUCCAGCCGAGAGACAGGGCUCCGAACGCCAGCUGGAGAUCAGGUCAGAGGUUAAAGUGGAAGGUCAUGUGAUCAGUAUGUGCUCCAGCCCCAGGAGUGGCACUCUGGCUGUACAGCUGGAGGAUGGCCAGAUCAGGAGAGUGUUCUGGGACACUUUGAAGGUAGCAGUAACAGACUGGAAGGAUUCCAUGGGGUGCAGUGUUAACUUUCCCCUGCCUUGUGUGCACACUGCACUGUGUGCCAUUAAUGGACAGGAGCAUUUGAUAGGUCUCACAGAAAGAUCUCACCUCUAUAUUGGUAACUGUGAGGUGGCCUCAAAUGUUUCCUCCUUUGUGAUGUACGACGAGUUCCUCCUGCUCACCACACACGCACACACCUGCCGCUGCCUCCACCUGGCCACGAUGUCUGUCAAAGACGUGCAGGCUGCCCUGAGUUCAGAAUCGGCUCAAAACGAUGAGAGUGCCCGCAGGGUGGAGAGAGGCUCACGCAUUGUUACUGUGGUACCGCAGGACACCAGACUCGUCCUGCAGAUGCCCCGCGGUAAUAUAGAGACCAUCCACCAUCGAGCUCUUGUGUUGGCUCAGCUCAGGAAAUGGCUGGAUGAUCUGAAAUUUAGAGAGGCUUUUGAAAGCAUGAGGAAGCUGCGGAUCAACCUCAACCUCGUCUACGACCACAGUCCCCGAGUAUUCUUGGAGAAUGUCGAGUGGUUUCUGAAACAGAUCGACUCAGUCAACCACAUCAACCUUUUUCUCACAGAGCUCAAGGAGGAAGAUACCACAAAGACGAUGUACCCUCUCCCAGUGGGUAAGGCAUGUCAGCCAGCUUCAGAAGCAGGAGGAGGGGUGAGGAAGAAAGUGGACCUUGUCUGUGAUGCUCUGCGGUCUGCUAUGGAAACUCUCGACCCGCAAAAAUAUUGUCUGUGCAUUUUGACGUCGCAUGUAAGGAAGACCACACCCGAACUGGAGAUCGCUCUACAGAAGGUCCAUGAAUUGCGUGGUGAGAAUUACCCUAAGGGACAAGUGUUUGUGACCAACUGUGUGCUCAUGAACCCACCCAGCGCGGAGCAUGCAGUGGGUGCAGGGGAAGCGCUGAAGUAUCUCUUAUUCUUGGUUAACGUGAAUGAGCUGUAUGAGCACUCUCUGGGAACCUACGACUUCGACCUGGUGCUCAUGGUAGCAGAAAAGUCCCAGAAGGACCCUAAAGAAUAUCUUCCCUUCCUGAACAUGCUGAAAACCUUGGAGCUCAACUACCAGCGCUAUACCAUCGACAAACACCUGAAGAGAUUCAGAAAAGCCUUGCAUCACCUCAGCAAGUGUGGUGAGGAGCACUUCACUGAGCUGGUAAACCUGGUGAAGGAUCAGCGGCUGUACAGCGAAGCUCUACAGCUCUACCCGUCAGACAGCCAGCAGCACAAGGUGCUGACUGUGGCCUAUGCCGAGUACCUGCUGGAGCAGCAGCAGGCUGAGGAGGCGGGGUUGUUGCUAUGGCGAUGUGGAGAGAUGCCCCGUGCCCUGCAGGCCUUUGUCAGCUGCACAAGUUGGAGGCAUGCCCUUGCCGUGGCAACACACAUCCCUGUGACCCAAGGUCAGCUGGCACAGCUCGCCCGAGACCUGGCAGAGAAGCUGCUCGAGAUGAGGAGAGCCACCGAGGCCGCCCUGCUGCUGGAGCAGUACGCCAAGGACUGUGAAGAGGCCAUCUCUGCCCUCGUCACGGGAGCGGCGUGGGAGGAAGCCCUCAGACUAAUCUACCUCUACAGCAGACAGGACAUCAUUGAGACCCAUCUGAAACCCGCUCUUUUAGAAGCCCACAGCAUGCAGGUGGCCUUCUUGGAGUCUCAGAUGGCCCUGUUCACACGCUACAAGAGCCGGCUGGCAGUGGUGCUGGAGCAGAAGGAGAAAACCAAGCUGCUGCUCAUCGACGAGGACGGCCCAGACUGCGGCGAGGCCGAGCUGUACUCGGAGGCCAGCAGCGUCCUGACCGGCAGCCGUUUCGGAUCCAAGUACUCGCACAGCAACUCGCGGAUCUCCUCGCGGUCAUCAAAAAACCGCAGGAAGGCAGAAGGGAAGAAGCACAGCCUAAAGGAGGGAAGCCCCUUUGAGGACAUCGCUUUGCUCCAUGCCCUCAUUCAGAUUAUCCAUGUCACGGACAAGAUGAGGGAGGAGAUCCACAGCCUGCUCAGGGCUCUGGUGCUGUUUUUGUUUGACGUGCGGGCCAGCAGCCUGCAGGCCAAAUACAGCGAGCUGCUGCAGCUUAUCGAGACCAGCAUCCCUGAGAUCUGGCAUGAAGGUCUUCAACCGGGCCCAGCACCAAUUACAGGGCCUAACUCAACCACCAACAGCAUCACCGCUUCUCUUCAACAGCCUAGGCCACCCCUGGUGUCCCAGCAAGAUGCAGAGAUCCUCAUGCCACCCAAGAUGCGACAGUCUAUCAGAUGGGAACUCUCUAUUCUUAAGUAACUGGUUUUGUUUAUAAAUAAGU